AUGGCUGAUAAAGGAAAAGAAAUGAUGCCUACAAGUGGAAGUGGAAAUAUGGCAAGCAGCAGUAGUAGUGUUAAUACCACAACAUUAGAGUUGGAUAAUCCAUCUCAGCCUCUUUGGCGUUUGAGUGGUUAUGUACCCCCGAGUUCAGAAAAGUUGAGAACAGUAUUUCUUGCCGAAGAGAAGGUUGUCAUCUUCCUCUUGCCCCUCUCUUCCGCCCACCAUCUUCGCAUCCUCAGCCCGACAGUCCGCUUCUUCCGGCUCUCAGACUCUCAGUACUCCCUUCCGGUGGAAACAUCGGUGCCCGAGGAAUCGACGCCAGAGGCCGUGCAUCACCCAAAUUACUUUCUUGUCGAGUUUUUAUUUACAUACAAUAACUUGCAUCACCAGCGGAUAAGUGGCACUGGGUUGUCUGGACAGCUGCCUGACUUUAUUGUGAGCUGGACACAACUGGAAAGAUUGAGGAUCAGCGACAUACUUGGAACAAGUUCAAAAUUCCCUGAUUUGAGCAGACAAAACCACUUAUCACGCUUGAUAUUGAGGAACUGCUUGCUAUUUGGUCAAAUCCCUGACUAUAUUGGUCAAUUCAAGGCCUUGAGAAUACUGGAUCUAAGCUUUAACAACCUGACUGUUACCGAUGUAGCUGGAGAGGUGGUUGAGAUUGGUCUUGGAGUUCAGGGUUUCAAAGUUGGCGACAAAGUAGUUAGCAAGGUCAAAUUGUUGGAAUUUAUCAUCAAACAAUCUUCAGGGUGUUUGCAUUCAGGGAUAUUUCUGAUAACAAGAAUACAAGAUCAUUGGCUCCAUUCCACCGUCCAUUGGAGAUUUGGAACACCUCCUCAAUUUUUUAGCUUUAACAUUUGAUAAGUGUAAUUAUCAGAUAAAUGAAUUUGAUUUGUGCUACUUCUGUUUCUUAUGUUAAUCAUUAGUUAUCAUGCUUUUAA